CGAUGCAUAUUAAAUAAUAAAAUUAUUCUCAAACAAGUUUACCUGAAAUAAUUGACAUCGUGGAAAUACAAACACGGAGACGGCUUUUCAAGCAGUCCAUGAAUUAUUUAAUAAUACUCCGAAAAAACUUUUCAUGUGAAGUCUCGAGAGACGUAUACUUUUCCCAGCACCUACAGAACUAUCCGAGUUGUUAUAAAAAACUUCCUAAGCCUCUAAGUUCGGUGAUCGAUUGGGCAUCAAAACACACAGAACUUAAGUGUUUCCGCUGACAGUUCUUAAUGUUUUGCCAAAACUGGAAUUAACAUCAAACUUAAUGGAUUCACCGCCCGGCCAGCGAAAUCGUUAAACACUUUCGAUUUGAGCGGCCGAACUUUAAAUGUCCAGGGGAUUUCCAGAUUGAACCCCUGGAAGGUGUUUCAGUUAGACACGGAUUUUUCCGAAGUUGCAUUACAACGAAACAAUCACUGGACUAAGAUUAGAACAACCCUUAAUUAGUACAGACAAUAAAUGGCUCAUGUUGUAGGAUACACUAUAAUUCACUCACACUUUGUUGAAUUAUUAAUUCUUCUAUUGAUCUUCCUUAACUAUCCUUAAAGCACGUGUUCAAAAUUUUAUUGAUACGUUCUGGGGUAUUGUGUAAAUUUUUGUAAUUUUGAAUAACUUGCGCUGAAAAAGCUCAACGCGCGAAGACCCCCACUCCUGCCCCCACCCCUAAGUAGAAAGUUGCUGCCCGUAUCUACAAGGGUGGGAGAAAGGGUGUAUAAAUACUGCUGCAUGCAGCUCCUAAAAUCAGUUUAUUCCCUGCUUCCAAGAUGUACCAAGUGUUUUCUUUCCUCGCCGCUGUGAAUCUCGCCGUGCCGAAGGUGCGCCUGCCCGUGGAGAUGUGGUCCACCAUUUUUCGGUUUUUGGACCCUUCGUCCCUUCUGAACGUUGUUCGAACGAAUGGUCUGUGGAGCGAAAUCAGUCACGGAGAUCCAGUUUUGCGAAGAACAAUCCAACAGGAGUUGAUUGCCGAACGUCGAAGACAAAAGCAAGAAAUUCUGAAUCCGGGCUUGCUGAUGACGAUUGAGCGGAAACAAGCAACGAACACGUUUGGAACCAAUGGCUCAAAGACGGUUCGUUGUAGAGCUCCAACGGUGAUAUCACAAGCCACAAGUUGAAUUCUCAGUGAGGGACAAGUCACGACAACAUGGAGGACCACAACGGAACAAAAAAGAUAUGCGCUCCCAACCUUAUAAACUGUUAAGAUUGUAAAUAAUUUUGUAUAUAAAAAAUAAAGUUUG